AUGUCGAAGAUUACUUUAUCUGAUAUGCAAGACCCUCUCUAUCUGCACCCAUCUGAUGGACAGCAUUCUGUGGUUGUUGACAAACUCACUGGAGCCAGCAACUACAGAGAAUGGUGCAGAUCUAUGGAGGUAAUCUUGGCCUCCAAGAGAAAACUGGGGUUUGUCACUGGUUUAACUAAGAAGGACACCACUGAUAGUGUCAAGCAAGAGCAGUGGGAGACUUGCAAUAGCAUGGUGAUAGCAUGGCUGAUUGGCUCCAUGACUCCUGAAGUCAAGAAAUCUGUGAUGUUCUUGAACACUGCUAGUGAGAUAUGGAAGCAAUUGGGGAAGAGAUACCUGCAGACAAGUGGAGCUAGAAAAUACAGGCUGAACAGGGAGGUGUAUGAGAUUAAACAAAGAGGCCAACCCAUCUCUAAGUACUACACUCGGAUUGGAAAACCCUGUGGGGAGAAACUGAGAGCCUAA